AUGAUAACAUCAAUAAUAAUUUAUUUUUGUCGUAUUAAUUCAAUUAUAUUAAUGUAUUUGGGUUUAUUAAUGGGUGGUUUUUUUACAAUAUUUAUUCUUCGAGAAUUUUAUUCUCAUUCUCAAUUCCAUACAUCUUUAAAUUUACUUAUUAUUGUAAUUUUUUGUACAGAUUGUUUUCGUGCAUUUGUUUGUGCACCAUUAGAAACAUUUGUUUUAAUAAAAACAUUGAAUAUAUCAAUUAUUAAUUGUCAAGAACAAAAUUAUAUUAUGAAAUAUAAUAAAAUAAUAAUAAAUUUUUGUCGUUUUACUAUGGCUGUACGGUCUUGUUUUAAUGUAAUACAACCAUUAGGUUUUAUAGCAAUUGCUUAUGAACGUUUACGUGCAAUUGUAAAACGAAAUGGAAAUUUAAAUAUGACUAUUAUUACUCAUCAACAACGAGAUUUUGUUCGUUUAAAAAAUAUUAUUAUUUGGAUUUGUAUAAGUUUAUUAAUAGGUGUUAUUGUUGGUAUUUAUCAAGCAAUAUCAUAUUCUUUUUCAAAUACAUGUUCUGGACAAUCUACUUUAUCAUUUCAUCCUACAAUGUUUAUUCUUUUAUUUUCUAUUAUUGGUGCUGCAUUCAUAAGUGGUUUUAUCUAUGGAAAAAUGUAUUUUGUUUUAAGAAAAUAUCAAAAUAAUAUGAUUAUACCAAUUGUUAUUGAUGGAAAUCAUAAUAAUUCUAUAGGACAUCAAAAUAUUUUGAUGAAUGAUACGCAUAGAAAAGAUCUUCGUUUAGCUAAACAUUCAUUUAUUAUAUUUCUUUCAUUUUUCUUAUGUCGUCUACCAUUGGUAAUUAUGAUUUUAAUAGAUUUAAGUCUUACACGACCAUUAUAUGGAUAUACUCAAUGUUAUUUUGAAGAAUUUGCUGAUUUUUUCGGACAAUUUAUAUUUUUAGCAACAAUAACAGAUCCAUUAACUUAUAUUUGGAAACAAAGAAGUGGAAGUGGUUUUCAACAACAAAAAUUUGCUGGUGAAAAUGAUGGCGGUAAUGCUCAACAUUUAACAGUUAAAGAUGUAUUGACACGUACAAUAGCAACAAUUCUCAAUGCAAAAGAUUCUGAAUUGGAUAAUUGUUUUGUUUAUAAAUAUCUAAAAUUUAAUAUAUGUAUGAUUAUGGGUUUAAAUCAUGAAAUCAAUAAUAGUGUUUAG